AUGUUCGGUGGAGGAGGAGGAGGACAACAACAGGCACCGAAGAAAACAACCCGAGGUGAGCAGUCUCCCUCUGUUUCGCAUCGGACCCCGCUCAACCUUUUAGAUGGACAAAUGCCCAAACGUCGUGGACCCAAGCCGGAUAGCAAGCCUGCAUUGACCAGGCGACAGGAGCUGAACCGCCAAGCUCAGAGGACGCACCGUGAACGAAAGGAGCAAUACAUGCGGAACUUGGAGACGGAAGUGUUGCGGUUGAAGGAGGCAUACACCACCGAAAUCGCCGAGGCAAAUCUCACAGCCCAGCAGCAACGGGAGAUCACUCAUGCAAUUCGGGAAGAGAACGAGAUAUUGAGAGAGAUCCUGGCAGCACACGGAAUCCAAUACGAAGCUGAUCUGGAGCGUCGCCGAGCGGAGCGUCCCCCGAUGGUCGGUUACCAAUCUAGCCCUGUCGGUGGCAGCAGCACUGCAUCCGCAUCGCAGACAGCAGGCUUCACUCACUCGGUCAGCAACCACAAUACCACGCCUGCCACCACGAUAUCAUCUUCUGGCAUGAGCCCGCUUCACAACACUGGCGAUCGCUCCCGCUCCGACAUCUCGCCUCCAAUUGGAUAUGUGCCUCAACAGCAAGUGUACCAGUCCAGUCCAGGCGAUCUUCCCAUGGGCAUGGAUAAAUCUUCAGGUGGACCAGUCGAUUCCAUGCAGCCUGCCCCCAUGCCUCGUAUCAGCGGUGUCUUUGAAAGUGACCCGCAAUUACAAGUUGACUUUAUCCUAACUCUGGAAGGCCCCUGCCGCGAACAUACGGACUACCUCUGCCGCCGCUCAGUAACCGAAGCCGAUGACGAGGAUAUGCCUUUCUCAGGCCACGCCCUGAUGGCAACGUGCCCACCACCCAGUUACAUCGCCAAGACAACACCAGAACAACCAUACCCACACAAAGCCCCCGACCUCCCGCAUGCAAACCUAAGCACGCUCCUCAACCUCAGUCGCCAGCUCGUCACCGAAGGCCAAAUUACACCCAUCAUGGCUCUGCAGUGUCUCAAGAACCACGAGUUGUACACUACCCUCCGGCGCGAAGACGUCAAGAUCAUCAUUGAUACCCUCAACACUAAAGUCCGCUGCUACGGCUUUGGCGCUGUUGUCGAGGACUUUGAGUUGAUCGAUUGUCUGAGCAGUGUGCUCGGCACAAAGGUCGAUCUCGGCAUGUCCGGCACAGCCGAUGAUUCGAUGUAUGGCUAA